AUGGUGAAUUAUUGUAGUGCUUUUAAUUGUACUAGCUCAAGUGACGUUAGGGGAGACUUGUCAUUUCACAAGUUCCCUCUUAAAGAGAAAGAAAGGCUUCAAAAAUGGGUACAUGCUGUAAGAAGAAAGGAUUUUAAACCUACUUCCAGCUCAACUUUAUGUAGUUUGCAUUUCAAUGAAAAUGAUUUCUAUUUAGCUGUUUUAACAUAUGUUAACACACAUACCAGUACAGAAGUAGUUAUAGGAAGAAAAUUUGAAGUGUUAGAGAAUAUGUUUGAAAAACCUGACAAACUUGUAGAGAGUUAUUCAUUAUUAGAAGCCAGAGAGAAAUGUGAACGAGCACAGUUUACAUCUGAUAUUUCAGAUUAUGAUCACUUAUUGUUAGAAAACGUAAGCAAAUAUCUGAACCAAAAAAUAAAGUCAAAAGUACAGAGAGGAACCAUUAGGAAAAAUGAUGAACUUAAUCCAGAAAAUAUUUUGGACCCGGUUAUAUCUCAAGAAGUUUCGACUGUUUCAAGUAUUAUUUUGCCACAAACUACAUCACCUAAUUCUUCAUGUGGCCAGUUUAAUAACAUGUUUGCUCUUGAUGUCCAUAAAAAUAAUGUUAUAAACAUUAAUAACACAACAACCCCACCAGAUGUAAACAAAACUAACCCAAAGAUGAUUGAUAGUACAUCUUCUAGUUCACAAAAUAAUAAGAGAUUCGAAGAACCCGCUACUGGCAGGAAGCAUGCUGUCGCAUUAACCAUUAGACCACGGGUAUUUGUUGGUAAUAAAAAGGAAAAAGAGUAUUACACACCAAAAGAUUUAAAUAAUUAUAAAGAAAUAUUAAUUAGUACCGAUUCAUUAUAUCAAAACAAUGAUAGAGAUACAGGAAGAGUUAAGUCAAGUAAAGGGGAAAAAUAUCUUAAAAUGAUUUCUCUUAUUUGGAAAGAAAUGAAAACCAAUAAAGACGUACAAAAUCAGGUAGAAACUGUUUCACAAGAAGAAGAAAAAGAAGAAAGUGGUCUAAAAAAAUAUACAGAAGAUCCUAUUGAUUUGCCUGAAAAAAUUGUAGAAGGAUCAGGUCUUAUGAAUAAUCUUUUAAACAAUAAAUUUAUGCCAGAAAUACAKUGGCCUGGUUAUAAUUAUCUUGGUCCUUUUACUGAUUUAGAAAAAAAUAAAAAACCAGUAAAUAAACUAGAUGUGGCAGCAAUGGAACAUGAUUAUUUUUAUAAAACAUAA